AUGACCAACAAUACAGGAGUUAAAUUUAAAUCAAUUCCAAGCCAAUAUCCAGUAGUUGGUGAACAUAUCGAAGCUGUACAUAAUAAAAUCGAUAUUGAUUCUUAUGUUCUCAAGCAAGAUGAAAUAUUAGUAAAAAAUAUCUAUAUAUCAUUAGAUCCUUAUAUGCGUGGCAGAAUGAGAUCACCUGAAAUCGAGUCUUAUGUUGAUGCGUUUCCUCUUGGCGAAAUUAUGCAGACCUCUGGUAUUGGUGAAGUGGUUAAGAGCAAUAAUUCAAAAUAUAAAAUUAAUGAUUUAUAUUCUGGAUUUACUGGAUGGGAAGAAUACUCGGUGAUCUCAGCCAACGAUGCAAAUCAAAAUGCAGGUUUUAUUGAAAUUUUAAAUUCUAGUAGAGUGUCCGGGUCCCCUCCCAUUAGCUAUUUUCUAGGUGUGUUGGGUAUGCCUGGCAUGACAGCUUAUACUGGAUUAUUUAAAAUCGGCCAACCAAAAAAAGGCGAAACUAUUUUUGUUUCAACAGCAGCAGGCGCGGUAGGCCAAGUUGUUUGUCAAAUCUCCAAAAUUUUGGGUUUACGUGUCAUUGGAUCUGCUGGCGAUGAUAGUAAGAUUGAUUUUCUUUUAAAUGAAUUGAAAAUAGAUGGAGCCUUCAAUUAUAAAAAAUCUGACACCAAAAAGAAAUUGGAAGAAUUAUGUCCAAAUGGAAUAGAUAUUUAUUUUGAUAAUGUUGGGUAA